UUUUUUUUAUUCGAAAAAGUUACCGGCAAAAGAAUUGUGCACGCUCGGCUGACGUUCUCCAGUUAUUGUCAUUUAGAAGAGAGAGAACAAACAACAUUUAUCAGAAAGAUUCAAUCGACGCGACGAAAUAUUAUGUGGUUGCGGCUACUGUUUUGGUGUAGCGGUUGGAGCGCGGUAUGGACACAAAAUACAGUGCAAAGUGGUGACGGCGCGCAUUGGGGCUGGCAGGUGAGCAACGCCGGCGCCGAGACGCUCGGACACUACUAUGUCAAACUGCCGCAGGCGGAACAAGCAGUGCGAUACUCUGCGGACGGCGGCGGGUACCACGGCGCGCUGGCGGUGGUGACCGCCGGGCCCGGCUACACCACCACCACCAACUUCGCGCUCGGACGACGAGCGAUCGAGCUGGCUCAGGCACCAUUCUACCAACAAACAAACAACACGGUGGAACUACAACAGGAUCAACCAGUAGACAUCUAUUUGCUGCAGCAGCCGACGAACCAGAUCUACCAACAAGUGCCCUACCAGUUCGGAACCAUCACCGAUCUAUAUCCAGAUUCACAGAGAAAUCCCUUCUACAUCAACUUUCAGCUAGAAAAUAAACAAAACAAUGAACAGAAGCAACAGCAGAAUGUAAAAAUCGAAGAAAGUAAUGAUAAAUAUGAAGUUAAUGAAAAUGGUCCAGUUGUACAAGUAUUUAAAGAUAAAAACUGUUUGAACGAUGAUAAGAAACAUGAAAGUAAUUUACAGAAAAACACACAAGUGAUCGUAGAUACCCCUGAAUAUAACGAACAAAAUGGCAACUUUGGAGCUAGAGAAAAUAAACAAGAAACAACUUCUAGAAGCGAUAGACUAUACUAUUCUACAGAAUACAGUCCGACCACAACUGCUAGAACAGUAUCGUUCACUGAAGACGAAGGGAUAUCAAGACUAGUAGCUUCUACACAAGAUUUGGUUUCAAAUGAUGACCUUCUAAGAAUAAAUCACGCAGCAGAGAAGUUUACGAGUGCUGCUAGCGACGACUUUAUAAGACCACAACGAAGACAGAAAAACGCUAUCGAUAGAAAGAACAGAUUUUUAGUUACUGCCAAAUUCGGUAACGUCGAUCAAUCGCAAGAAGAUGCUACACCUCGCACUAGUGGAUUUAAGUUUGCCUCACCAAUAGUUGUUGAAGAUUUCAGUUUUGACGAUUACAAGGAUCAAAUUGUAAAUAAUUUAAAGACAACUGUGGGUCCGUAUAUUGAGAAAGGAUACGAAAUUGUUGGUGUUAAGAGUACAUUCGAAAACAAUACAGAUAAUAGAAACUACAACGCUGAGGUGGCCAUUACUCCACGACCAGUCGGCCCGAGCUACUUAGCACCUAUAACUGUAGCGUUAAGGCUUCUAAAUUCUAAUGAUAGUGAUGUUUACAAUUCACUGGAAGAUCACGAAGGAUCGGACAGUGAGUUUGUCUCAGAAACAGUGGAGAGUCCACACAAACAGAAAGUUAUCGUUGAAAUACAAAAAUCGGUGCCACUAGACAUCACACAUAUAAACGAGGUUGAGUAUCACGAGUAUUUGGACGAAGGAAGAAGUAACACAGAGAGCCCGUUAGGUUUAGUUAAAUCGUUAUAUCAGAGAUACGUCGCAUCAUUAAACCAAGACAGAAAUAAUGAUUACAAGGAGUCGAAAAAUUCAGAUUAUGAUACGAAUGAAAACGAUGAUAAUUCUAAGGAAGAUAUAGAUAGUAGUGAGAAUAUAAGAAGCGAAGUUCAAGUGCAAGCGAUCGAUAAAAGCAACGGCUAUAAUAAUUAUUACGAUCAAGAUAUAAAAGAUAAAAUAAUUCAACCGAUCGUUAUUGAAAAACAAGUACCAGUUACUACAUACGUGGACAGGUUUAUAGAAAAGGAGGUACCAUAUCCGACGCCUUAUGAGGUUGUAAAACAUGUACCAGUAGACAGACCGGUACCAAUACCGGUACAUUUUGAGAGAAUAGUCGAGAAACCAGUGGAAGUAACUCGGUACGUAGACAAGCCCUACCCGGUCGAAGUCCUACAACCUUUUCCCGUUGAAGUGAGAGUACCUUACCCAGUGGAAAGGAAGGUUUACGUAGAUAGACCGGUACACGUCCCUUUUCCUGUGGAAAAAGUGAUUGAGAAGCAAAUGAUCCAUCAAGUACCGGUACCAACACCGGUAGCGGUGCCUGUGGGUAUUGAGGUACCAGUGGAGAAGAAGGUACUAUAUCCAAUCGGCAUAGAAACGCCAGUGGCGGUACCUGUACCGUAUGAAAAGCAGGUACCAGUAGAAAAAGUAGUUGAAAAAGAAGUCCCUGUACCGUAUCCUGUUGAGAAACGAGUCCCGUACCCGGUACCACACGAGGUGCAAGUCCCAGUUCCGUAUCCAGUUGAAAAACGAGUUCCUUAUCCAGUUGACAGGAUUGUUGAAAAACCUGUACAUGUGACUAAAGUUGUUGAAAAGCCGGUACAUAUCAAAGUGCCCCAACCAGUUCCCGUAGAAGUGCCUAGACCUUACCCAGUAGAUCGAAUCGUAGAAAGAAAAGUACCUUACCCCGUCCACGUGGAACAUAUAGUAGAGAAGAAAGUACCAGUACAGGUACCAUAUCCUGUUAAAGUCGAAAAAAUCGUCGACAAACCAGUCUACAUCACAAAAUAUGUCGACAGACCGUAUCCCGUCGAAAAGCGUGUUCCGUACCCGGUUGAGAAGAUCGUUGAAAAGAAGGUACCUUACCCCGUGGAAGUUGACGGUAGGUACAAUGAAAAGCAAAAACCUGACCAUCCUUACCAGUUUGAGAGAGUCGAACCGGCAUACUUAUACUACGGCUUGGGAUAUACCACUCAAAACUAUUUAAAACCUCAGGAAUAUAUGCAACAGAAUAACCAACAGGCUGAAUCGCAGAGGCAUUACCAGGUACAAGUUCUGGACCAGAAGAAUUAUCAAAAUGUGCCCAUACAAAGCACUCUAUGGGGCAACCAAUACGCAUCCUCCUUCCAAUAUUUAAACGCAACGGAAAAUAAAAAACCGUUGUUCGUUCCAAAUUCAAAUGAAGUCUACUACGGCCCGCCGCCAUUGAAGAAUAACGUCGACCAAUGGAAUUCAAAUUCGAACGAUCGUGUUCGAAAAUCUGACAGAACGCCCAAGGUUGCCAACUUAAGAAUCGAAUACGGCUUUAAGCCACCGCUCAUUCCAAGCACAGAAGUUGAUUUAGAUGGAGUGCCUGUGCAUAAAAAUGAGUCGUGAAUAAUU